AUGGCAGCACCGAUUGAGAAACAACGUACAGUUGCGAUUGUCACAGGAGCGAACACAGGUGUCGGCUACGGCAUUGUACAACGGCUACUUGAAAAAGACUGCAGCAUAAAGAUCGUCAUGGCAUGUCGCAACCUUUCACGCGCCAAGCGUGCUCAAUCGAGCCUCUUGGAGCAAUUCCCUUUCGCCGACAUUGACAUUGAGCUUGUGGAUCUCAACAGCGUGCGUUCAGUGCUUGAGUUUUGUGCCAACAUAAAAGCCAAGUUUGAUCGGGUUCAUCUCCUCUUUUUCAAUGCCGCAUCACUCAUUACCUAUGGUAUCAAUUGGAGCGACAUCUUUUGGCUUUUCUUCAAGGAUCCUGUUGGGCUUAUGGAGCGCUCAGAUGCAACUAUUCAAGUCAGGGGUGAAAUUAAUCAAGAUGGCAUGGGCUCCAUGUUUGCCGCUAAUGUGUUUGGACACUAUGUGAUCGCACGAGAACUAGAAAAGGAGUUGGAUGCUUCAGGGAAUGGCCGUAUCAUGUGGACAAGCUCUUUGACAGCUGAAAAGCGUUUGUUUAACAUUGACGAUUGGCAAGGAGUGAAAAGUGUUCUUCCAUACGAGUCUUCAAAAUGGGCAUGCGAUUUAGUGGCGCUUGGAAGCAAUGAAAAGUACAAGGAACAAGGAUGCAAAAUCGUGUCAUACAGCACAGCCCCUGGCGUUGUUGCAAGCACCAUUGGUAAUCUUCCUUCAUGGAUUAGAAGCGUGAGGAUCUGGAUACAUUACAUUUUCCGGUUUUGUGGUGUAACAUCUCAGAAUAUUACUGGAUACCGUGGAGCUAUUGCCUCUGUUUUUGUCGCACUGCAACCGCAUCUCGUAGACUAUUUCGUUCGCUACACUUCAGCAACAACCGCUUGGGGUAGAUCGUUCGUCACAUUAGCACCUAUAGAAGGUUACGAUAAAAGAGAAGCUAGUAAACUUUUGCAGCAUUGCGAGACGGCUUAUCAAGCAUGGAAAGUAAAGCUAGCUCAGGAAAAAUAA